ACAGCACAGUGAGGCUUCACAUAAACACACAGGGACACACAAUGCUCAGCUGGCUGGACCGAGGACAAGACCCAUAACUUCGAGUCAAAUCCAGCCAUUUUUUCUGAAAUUAUUAUGCUGCAUUUCACUUCUUGAAUGUAUAUGAACCACCACAGACAAACCAUGAGAGACAUCGUGAAGAGAAAGUUCGCAGAGGUGGAUGACAAUCCCUGCUACUCCUCCUCUCCUCCGUCCUCCCUCUCCUCCUCCUCCGAGUGGGAGUCAGACGGGGAGAGCGGCCCCUCUGACAACCAGGAUUUCACACCUCACAGUCCUUCUUCGCCUGCCAGUUUACCCACACCACCAGUUCGCUCCAUCCUGAAGAGGCCCAGGCUUGCAGGUGCACAGAGCAACGUGCGCUUUGACCAAGUGACGGUGUUCAGUUUCCCACGCUGCCAGGGCUUCACCAGCGUGCCCAGUCGUGGAGGUGCCACCCUGGGCAUGAUGCAGAGGCACAGCACCCUUCAGAGAUACACAGUGGCGGAGCAUGCCCUGGAGCGACGGCACAGGCGCACGGAGAGGCUCAGAGAAAGACGGAGAAAAGAGAGGCUCGAGGCACUGAAACACAAAUUAAUCACCAGUGGGGCCAUUGACCGAAGAGACGCAGACACGCUGAAGGUGGAUCAGAUCCCAGAUGAAGACGCUGACGUCCAUAUCAGUGAUGCUGAGCUGGAGGAGGGAGGUUUCCUUCAGCCGUACUCCUCCAAACAGCGGCAGGCUCUCCUCCAGGCAGCGGGAGUGAAACGCAUCGACAGGGAGGAGAAGAGGCAGCUUCACGCCCUGCGUCUCUCCAGAGAGGCCUGUGGAUGUGACUGCCAAGGCUUCUGUGAGCCAGAGACCUGCGCGUGCAGUCUGGCAGGAAUCAAGUGCCAGGUGGACCGCUUCAACUUCCCAUGUGGCUGCACGAAGGACGGUUGUGGAAACACUCAGGGGCGCAUCGAGUUCAACUCCAGACGCGUGCAGACUCAUUACAUCCACACCGUCAUGAAACUGGAACUGGAGAGACGACUGCAAGAUGAAACACUGAGCCGAGAGGACCAGACGGGACUUCCAGAGGACCUUGAAGAUUACGUGGACCAGGAUGAGGCUCAUCCGGUGCAGAGUGCACAGGAUAAGAGCUGCCCCUUUGGGUUUACCAUGGAGGAGGACGAUCUUCCUCUCACCAUGCCCGCCACGCCUUCUUUUCAUUUUAGCCCGGAGCGGAUGGUAGUGGAGGAGAACAGCUGCAGCAGCGACAUGACCGACUCCUCCUGCUCCUCCUCUGACUCUGACGCAACAGGAUGCCUUAUUAAUGGGAGUCAGAACCUCCCUGAUGUUGAUGGAGGGUUGUCUCGUGCCCUCAGCAUCUGUGACUCUGAAGAUAAUAACUACUCUGUGUGCAGCCAGCUGCGGCACACAGGAGAACCACUGAAGCAGCACAGCAGCUGCUCUGCCACUCACAGCACACCUGUGGACAGUACGGGACCACUGACAGCCAACAUGUUCACAGACAACAUGGGCAGGACAGAUUACCUCGACGAGAACGCAAACCAAGCCACAGACUUCUUCGACGAUGACUCUCUUGAGGGCUUCCCCAAAACUCCUUCCCCCACUGUGGACUAUUUCUCAGGCAGGUACAUGGACCUGAGUCUGUCCUCUGACUCCGACCUCGAGUUCUUCGACAGCGACUAUACCUCUGGACCUCUGCACAGCUCAUUCAAAGCACACAGACAAACAGACAGCUUUUGCCAACUGCAGCUGUUGAGUUCAGUUAACUUGCCACAGUACGAGUCGAGCACCUACCUCCUGGAGUCUCUGAUCGGCCUGACUGAGCCGAGCCCAGAGCAGGGUUACACAGUCAGCGACACCCAGCUUUCAUAGCUAAGUCAAGGCAGUCUAGUCAGGGGUGGGCAAUACCACACAAUUUGGUUUUGAUCCGAUACCAAGGGCCAGAGUUGCCAUAAUCGAUACUUAAGCUUUGAAUUAUCAAAAGCAGCUUAUGUACGUUCAUGUAGGGAAGAGCAGUGUGUGUUGAAAGAUAUUUUAUUCAUCCUCUCUGGGAAAUUCAGGUAUCCAGCAGCUCUCAUGGUGGGCGCUCGCCACCACAGUCUGAUAAACAUCAAAAGAUCUGAGCCUCCUGGGGAAGAAGAGGUGGCUCUGCCCCUUCUUGUACAGAGCAUACAUAUUCGCAGACCAGUCGAGCCUGCUGUCCAGGAGCACACCCAGGUAUUUACAGGUACCUCAGUGGCCUCCACCAUUAUGCAAACCAGCUGGCAGGGUGGCUUUGAUCUUCUGAAGUCCCCCACCAUCUCCUUAGUCUUGGUGGUGUUCAGGAGGAGGCAGUCCUUAUUGCUCCAGUCACUGAAGGCCUCCACCAGGUCCUGUCCACUUCAGGACUUCAAGACUCAGAGUUUCAACUUUAACUAUUCAAAAGUUCCAGUUCAACUAAAUUAUUCUGAGAAUAUGGUGAUGAAUCAUCACAUAGAUAAUCUGUUAAACAUCUACAGAACAAAGUGAGACAGUUAAAUUGUUGAAUGUCAACUAAUAAGCUAUUGAACUGUUACAGAUACUCUAUGAGCUAUCUGUAGGCGGACUAUUCAAAUUAAGUGUUACUGGUUAAACUAGUCAGAGUGCAACAUGUGUGUUUGAGUGCACACAGCAUGACAACAGCAGUGGAGAAUUAAAGAGCACAUGCACUAGAUGUGUUCACGGCAACGAAACAUUGUUUGUGUGGACACUUUUUUCGAAAACAAUCCCAUUGCCACUACAAUCAAUCCUUAUAAUAAAAUCUUAAUAUCUGUACUGAUAUUUUGGUAUCGAUCCACUCGCCCCUGUUACUAGUGUCACAAAGAAACUGCGUAAGAGAUUUAACUGUAUAAAGCACUGCUUUUAUGUAUUUGUAAGAAUAUUUCGAUGUACAAAAAAAUGAUCGAUAAAAUAUUUUUUCCUUGCUGGAUAUUUUUUCUAUUGCCUAAAAAUUAUUUUGCCUUUGUUUCAGAGAAACCACACUUGAGUAAUUAAUAUAUGUCUGUUUUUAUUAUUAUUAUUAUUAUUGUUAUUAUUAUUAUUAUUAUUAUUUCUUGAACCUAUAUAAUGAUCUCUGAUAUUUUAUUUAAUUUCUUACAUCAUGGCCACACAGAUGAUUUUGAUAGGGCACAUACUGCUCUGGAUAUCAAAAAAAAUAUCCAUGUGUCGUGGGCAGCUGGUCAUGUCAUAAACAGGAAAAUACACUUUGACACAUGCAGUAACAAAAAAAUAACCUGUCUCGAUUUUCAACAAUUUUUGGGUUGUUAAUUAUUUUUUAACAACUGUCUGGCUGAUUGUGGAUCAUCCUGUUUAUGCCUAACAAUAUGUUUAAAAUAUUUCUGUAUCGGAUUGAUAAAAUAAAACAUUUUUAUUUAUUU